CCACAAACUAUGCACUAGAUCUGGAGGAUUUUAAUUUAGCAAAAAAAAAUCUGCGAGUUGUUCUUCCCCAAAUAAGCUAUCACACACCAACGUGCGGCAAAUUUUCAUAAUUUUUCUUACUUAUUUUUGAAAUCAUGGGCAACAUCUCCAGGAUCAUUGUUUCUGUGAUUUUUAUUCAAUUGUUACAUUCAAGACUUGGAGCUGCUUUUGUUUCUCAACCACCUACAAUUAAAGUGACAGCGAAUGUCAAUGGCCGAUAUUUUGGUCCCAGAGUCGCUGAGGAUAACACCACAAACAACUCCCAUCUCACCCAACAAAACGACAACACUUACAUCGUCCCGUCAGCAAUGGGUCAAAUUGUGAUUGAUUGUAACGCUUCCUAUCCCGUUAUGUGGAAUUUGGCAGAGUCUGAUAUAAACUCUGAAAUGUUCCCGUAUGUACAUGUCCGAACAAGAAGGUUUGCAUCAGAUCUCUUCGACGCCACUACGUUCAACUAUUCUACGCAAAUAAUUUUAGAAGGGCCAUCGAGCACGCACAGAUUUACGGGAAAUUAUUCUUGUCAGAAUACUGCGAAAAGGAAUAUUCGCAGCAAUGUUUUCAUAUAUUGGGAAGGAACUUCAUUAGAUACUUUGGUCCACUCUAGGGAAACGAUAACCACAUAUUUGGAUAACACUGGCAAGGUGACGCUCCCGUGUGGAAUUUCCAACCCUAAGUUGACCUUUCCAAAGCUGAAGAAACAGGUGGACAGGAACCAGAGAGGGCCUUUUAAUGAGAUUCCAUUGAACAAAUCCGUGACGUACAAUCCAGCAACGGGAUUUACACUUUCGUCUCUACCCAAUCCUCUUGGGGUGUAUAAAUGCGUCAUUGACGAAGAAACAACAGAGGACAUUGUGACCAUUCUUGUCAAAAAUUUGACCUCCAAGAUGACCAGGAAACAAAACGUGACGUUUACAUACAACCAGGAAACCAAUGAACUAGUUUGUUGCACGGGAGUUGGGAGGCGAGCACCCAACAUAUUUAUGAUGCAUUGUGACCACGCAGUGACAUGCCAGUAUCGAGAGCAUAUUUUGCAACCGUAUCAUUAUGUUUUCCAACGUUCUUCAAAAUCUAAAAAUUGUGCAAGCAAAACUGUUCGUUUUUAUCACACCGUCCUCGUGCGUUGCGUCGGCGAUGGGAUUGACGAGUACAAGGAAAUGAUCACCCCAGUCAAAACGUCCUUUAGUCCAUGGGCUUUCCACAACAAAACCCUGAAACCGAAAAUAUUUUUCAGUUGGGAGCAAAUCGAAUCUCAGGAAAUGGUAGACUUGGAAAUUCAUCCGCAAUCACAGUCGUACAAUCGUUACGAUUACCACUCCCCCUCUGACAGGAACAAUAUGGUUUUGUACAACAAUGAAACGGUUGAGGUGACAUGCACUACUUCUCAAUAUUACUUUUCUGAAGGAAAUUAUUGGGUUAUACGCUGGAAGAAUAAAACAUUGACAGCCGUCACAGAGCGAAGUAGCCUUCAACAAUAUCACUAUUUGUUGCAGUCUGAUGUUUUAUCGUACACUUUGGAUCCUUCAAUGGAAGCUAUACUCUGUUUUGCUCCCGUCUGGAAUUCUUCCGUGUGGGUAAUUAAGACCCAAUUUCUAUACGUCAAUGAAACUGAGAAACCAAGUUUGCUACAAAAUGAGACUCUGUUCUUUACAUGGGUAACGAACGAGACGGCCAAAGAGAUGAUUUGUGAAUCAAAAGGUACUCCAGACCCCUCAAUCACCUGGAUGCAAGGAACUACGGAAAUCAAUUCCAAUUCACACAACUACAACGUCACUACAACUUCCACCAAGAUAAAUAAUACCAACGUCGUUAAGUCAGUCCUAAAAGUUUUACGAGUGUCGUACUCCACUCACGGGCAAUUUGUUUGCACUUCGUCCAACUACGGGGGGUCUAUUUCGAGGUCGUUUAGCAUCACAGUUACGGAACCAUCAUCCAUGAAAACGGCAACAAUCCUGUUGAUUGUUUCCGGAAUUGUAGUUCUGAUCCUAAUCGUCCUGAUUAUCGUGGUAGUAAGAGUAAUGAAAUUAGAUCAAGCGGCCAUCCAACAUUUGUCAUCGGUGCAUUUUAAGGAUCCUGCUACCAGAGAGCACGCUGUUGGUGCGGAUGUCGCAAACACUACGUAUGACAAUGGCAAAUGGACCAAUCAGCUAAUUAGCUAAUUUGUUAUUACAUACAUGUAAUAUUUCAAGUAGUUCGUCCAUGUUACAUAUUGAAUCGAUAUAGCUUCUUAAUAAACACAAUGUGUAUUCUAAAACCA